GGCCGGUCGCGAGGCGUAGCACAAGCGGCACAGACGCGCGGACAGUCGCGCGGCAGCAGAGCGCGGCAGUGCGCGGGAGACAGCACCGGCGGCAAGACGGACAGCGCGCGGCAGCCGGGGCCCGCGCCGCGCGCCUCGGGGCGGACGCCCGUCCCCCCGCCGAGGCGACGCUGGGUCCCGCCCUCCUCCCUGCGCCACCACGAGGUGCCCGACGGAGAUGCCAAACACGACAUCAUAUUCCGUAAGGUCCGAGGUAUCCUGAACAAGCUCACGCCGGAGAAGUUCCAGAAGCUGAGCGAUGACCUGCUCGGUUUGGAGCUCGACUCCGACAAGGUGCUCAAGGGCGUGAUCCUUCUCAUAUUUGAGAAGGCUCUCGAUGAGCCCAAGUACUCGUCGAUGUAUGCACAGCUGUGCAAAAGACUAAGCGAGGAGGCACCAAACUUUGAGCCGCCCGGUCAGCCUUGCACAUUUAAGCUGUUGCUGUUGAACAAAUGCCGUACCGAGUUCGAAAACCGUGCACAGGCGUUCGCCGCGUUCGAGGACAAGGCGCUGCUGCCCGAAGAAGAAGAAAAGAGACAUCUUGCGAAAUGCAAAAUGCUGGGCAAUAUCAAGUUCAUCGGGGAACUCGGUAAAUUGGAGAUUCUAGCGGAGUCCAUCCUACACCGAUGCAUCCAGAACCUGCUGGCGCGGCGCGCGGCCGCCGAGCACCACGAGGACCUCGAGUGCCUCGCGCAGCUCGUGCGCACGUGCGGCCGCGUGCUGGACUCCGAGCGCGGCCGCGGCCUCAUGGACCAGUACUUCGCGCGCAUCGAGACGCUGUCGGCGUCGCGCGACCUGGCGCCGCGCAUCCGCUUCAUGCUGCGCGACACCGUGGAGCUGCGCCGCGGCGGCUGGGUGCCGCGCGCCGCCGUCACGGCCGAGGGGCCCGUGCCCAUGCACCAGCUGCGGCCCGACGACGAGCACGUGGGGCGGCGCGAGCGCGAGCGCGACCGCGAGCGCGAGCGCGACUCGCUGUUCCGCGGCGGCCUGCGCUCGCGCCCGCUGGACGACGUGCUGGCCGGCCUCAGCCUGCAGCCCGCCGCCGCGCUGGUGCCGCCGCCCGACAAGCUGUUCGGCAACGGCUUCGCGCCGCGCGACGCCUUCCGCCAGCGCUCGGCGCCCGGCUACUACCCGCGCCAGCCGCCGCUGCACUACAGCAAGCACUCGCAGACCGCGCACCAGCACCAGGGGAACGGCUCUAAGGACGGGUCGUCGCGCUCCAACAAGGCGCGCGUGUACACGGCGGGCGCGCUGCACGACGUGCAGAUGCGGCCCGCCGCCAACUCGCUCAUGUUCACCGCCAACAAGCUGUCCAAGCCGCAGCCGCAGCUGCCGCUCGCGCCCGUGCAGCAGAACGUGCUGACGCCGGCGUUCGCCAGCACGCCGCCGCUGCUCAAGGAGCCCGCCAUCACUAUCAAACCGGCCGCCGACAAGAAGGACAAGCCUAAGAAGGAUAAGGCGCCCAACAAGGAGGAGGCCUGCCGCCUGGCCGUGGAGGCCGCCACGGCCGCCGCCGACGACGACGGCGACGGCGAGCCCGGGCCGGCGCUGCGGCGCCUGCGCGAGCUGCAGCCGGCCGACAAGGUGGUGCGGCGCUGCAUCGCCGCCGUGCUGGAGCACGCGCUGGCGGGCCCGCGCGGCGACACGGCGGCGCUGCGCGGCUGCGUGCGCGUGGUGCGGGCGCUGCGGCGGGGCGAGGCGCUGCGCGGGCUGCUGGCGCAGCACCCGCACGCGCGGCUGCCGCGCCUGCUGGCGGCCGCCGUGGAGCUGAAGGCGCUGGCGCUGGCGGAGCUGGGCGCGUGGUGCGAGGCGGGCGCGCACCAGCCGCUGCUGCUGGAGGUGCUGCAGGCGCUGCACGAGGCGCUGGGCGCGGAGCGGCUGGCGGCGCUGGUGGACGAGAGCAAGCUGAACGUGUGCGCGCACGUGGCGCCGGGCGGGCCGGCGCCGGCCGCGGCGGCGCUGGAGGCGCUGGAGGCGCGCGGGCUGGCGGCGCUGGUGCCGCAGCUGCGGGUCACGGCGCAGCUGCAGCGCCAGCUGGCGGCCGAGCCGGCGCCGCACGCGCUCUACCGCUGGAUCAAGGCCAACGUGGAGCCGUCGGUGCGGCAGAACGCGGCGUUCGUGUCGACGCUGGUGGCGCUGGUGGCGGAGCACGUGACGGGCGCGGCGGGCGCGGGCGGCGCGGGCGGCGCGGACAAGGCGGCGCUGGAGCGCGAGAAGGCGCUGCUGGAGGCCUACGCGCCGCUGCUCACGGCGCUGCUGGAGGGGCAGCCGCACCUGCAGCUGGCCGCCGUGUACGCCGUGCAGGUGCACGCGCACCACCACCGCUACCCCAAAGGCAUGCUGCUGCGCUGGUUCAUGUACCUGUACAACCUGGAGGUGUGCGAGGAGGACGCCUUCCUGCGCUGGCGCGAGGACGUCACCGACGCCUACCCCGGCAAGGGCGAGGCGCUGUUCCAGGUAAAUACGUGGCUGACGUGGCUGCAGCAGCAGGAGUCGGAGGACGAGGAGGCGGAGGACUAGCUGGCCCGGUCGCCAGGUCGCUCGGCCGCCGGUCGCUCGGCCGCCGGCUGAUUGCCGCCGGCUGACUGCCGCCGGCUACUCGGCCUCCGGUCGCUCGGCCGCCGGCUGACUGCCGCCGGCUACUCGGCCGCCGGUCGCUCGGCCGCUCGGUUCGAGAGCCGCACCGCUUUUAUUUCGCGCUCAUCUCAUUAUAUAAAUAUAAUUAAGCCAAAUAGUUGAACUACCUACGUUUGUUACCCUUUAACGCUAGACGCGCCGCGCGCUCGUGUCGCCGUCGGCGGUUCCAGUGUUAAAUAGGACAAUUUUUAGGUUACUACGUAAACGAAUAUUAGUAUCUCGAGAUAAUUUUUUGUAGGCCUUUUACUCGAUUUUGAUACUUUUUACAAAUGUAUACAAUGUAUAGUGUUCGUUUGGACGUAUGAUUGCACCCCGAUCUGCCCCUCUCUGCAGUGAGCGUGUUUUAGUUGAAAUUGUAAAAAAUAUAUAUAUACGAAAAAUUUAAAUCAAUUUUUAUUAAUAAUAUCAUGAUGAUCAUUUAUUUUCAAUGCUAAAUGGACUUAGUGAUAAAUGUAAGAAUGCUUAAAUUUCAUUGUAUUAUCAAAUUUUAGAAUUUUGUAACUAGAUAAAUAAAACUAAAAAAAAGCCGUCAGGCAUAAGAAAUGUAUGUUGAGUGAGUUGUAAUAAAGUUGUGAAAUGAUGAUGCUAAUGCAACAUAAAAUCAGUAACAUUGGUCAAUAUGUAUUCAGGAUGAAAAAUAAACUUCAGUGUAAUUUAUUACAAAAACA